AUGUCCAAGGCAACCUUCGCCCUGAUCGCUGCGGCUGGCGCUGCUACCGGCGCUGGCAUCACCGCACUUGUCUAUUCAGCCAAGACCUCUCGCCAGCAGCAGUUGGCGCCCUCUGCUCCUCCAACAUUAACAAAACCUCCCAGCCCUGCCGCUGUCCCCCGCCCGUCCGCCCCGCAGCUCCCCUCCCGGCUUCAGUCGCCCGUCGACCCUGCCGGCCUCUUCCAGUACGGGUUUCCCGGCCCCAUCGCAGAUAAUGUGAAUAGCCUUCCUCUCGCAAGCGCAUACGACAGACGCACGCGUAAUCCUUCCUGGGUGGCAGAGCACAUCACAACCGAAUCCCUUAAGCUCAACAGUGGGGAUCGGAAACACAGCAACUUUUACGAGGAACAGAGUAUCCCACCCAUGUUUCGCGCCAAACUGAGUGACUAUUUUCGUUCGGGAUACGACCGUGGUCACCAGGUUCCCGCGGCAGAUGCCAAAUGGAGCCAGGAGGCCAUGGACUCAACAUUCUCGUUGGCAAAUAUGUGCCCACAAGUGGGCGAGGGCUUCAACCGUGACUACUGGGCGCAUUUCGAGGAGUUUUGUCGUGGAUUGACAAGAAAGUAUCCUUCCGUCCGGGUAGUGACAGGCCCUUUAUAUUUACCUAAGAAAGAUCCAGCGGAUGGGAAGUGGAGGGUUUCCUACGAAGUCAUUGGAAACCCACCAAACGUUGCCGUUCCGACUCAUUUCUACAAAGUUAUCUUUGCAGAAGACGGGAAGACCGGAGGAAAUGUUAGCCUAGGCGCAUUUGUCCUACCAAACGCCAGGAUUCCAAACGAAAAGAGCCUGGCUGAUUUCGAGGUUCCCUUGGAGGCGAUUGAGCGAGCUAGCGGCUUGGAGUUUGCCUCACAAUUAACUACGAACAGAAAGAAACGUUUAUGUCAGGAAAUAAAAUGCGAGAUUACGGUGCGAGAGUUCAACAAAGUAAGCAAUAAAAAGGCGUUGUCAUCGUCAUAA